CAUACCCCAGUCCGCGGGGAGGGUGGGGCCUAGCAUUUGCCCCGGAAGUAGCUGUCUUCAUCUGACAGCUGCUUGUAAGGCGGCGGCGGCGGUGGCAGUCUCCGAGCAAGAUGGCGUUACGGCCGGGAACGGGAGCUGGCGGCGGCGGGGCCGCGGGGGCCGCCGGGGGAGGAAGCUUCAUGUUUCCUGUAGCAGGUGGAAUAAGACCCCCUCAAGCAGGCCUGAUGCCAAUGCAGCAACAGGGAUUUCCUAUGGUCUCUGUCAUGCAGCCUAAUAUGCAAGGCUUGAUAGGAAUGAAUUACAGCUCUCAAAUGUCCCAAGGAUCUAUUGCUAUGCAGGCAGGGAUACCAAUGGGACCACUGCCUGCAGCGGGAAUGCCAUACCUGGGACAGGCACCAUUCCUAGGAAUGCGUCCUCCAGGCCCACAAUACACUCCAGACAUGCAGAAGCAGUUUGCUGAAGAGCAACAAAAGCGAUUUGAACAGCAACAAAAGCUCUUAGAAGAAGAAAGAAAAAGACGCCAGUUUGAAGAGCAGAAGCAAAAGCUCAGACUUCUGAGUAGUGUGAAGCCCAAGACAGGAGAGAAGAGCAGAGAUGAUGCUCUGGAGGCCAUAAAAGGAAAUUUAGAUGGAUUUUCCAGAGAUGCUAAGAUGCACCCUGCUCCAGCAUCACACCCUAAGAAACCAGAUUAUCCCACAUCAUCUCAUUCUACUAAAACUGUCUCUCCAUCACCUGCCUUUCUUGAUGAAGAAGAAUUCAGUGACUUUAUGCAGGGACCUGUUGAAGUUCCCACAUGUGGGCCUUCUUCCACUUCUCAGCCUUUUCAGUCUUUUCAUCCCACCACCCCACUUGGCCAGUUGCACACACAGAGGGCUGGAGCACAGCCUCUCCCUCCAGGCCCUUCCAUGGAGGAGAAGCUCCUAGUAUCUUGUGAUAUAAGUACAUCUGGGCAGGAACAAAUUAAAUUAAGUACUUCUGAAGUUGGGCACAAAGUCCUAGGCCCAGGUUCCAGUAAGAACUAUCCCAGUUUAACAGCCAAUAACGGGGGUGCUGUAGAUGGACGUGUAAAUGGUACCACUACUGCAGAGGCAGAAAAGACUUCAGACCAAAACCUGUCCAUUGAAGACGGUGGUGUAGGAGUAUUUCCUUCACAAGAUCCUGUUCAGCCUAGAAUGCCUCCUUGGAUUUACAAUGAAAGUUUAGUUCCAGAUGCCUAUAAGAAAAUUUUAGAAACCACAAUGACUCCAACUGGAAUAGAUACUGCUAAACUUUAUCCCAUUCUGAUGUCAUCUGGACUUCCCAGGGAAACUCUUGGACAGAUAUGGGCCUUAGCUAAUCGAACUACACCUGGCAAACUUACUAAAGAAGAACUUUAUACUGUUCUCGCCAUGAUAGCAGUAACACAGAGGGGUGUUCCUGCUCUGAGUCCUGAUGCUUUAAACCAGUUCCCAGCAGCUCCUGUUCCAACUGUAAGUGGCUUUCCUUUGACUUUGCCUACUGCCGUGGGUCAGCCAACUGGGAUGCCUUCUGGCCCUGCAGGCUCCAUGCCCCUCAACCUUGCACAACCAGUCAUGGGCAUUAACCUCAUUGGACCAGUAGGGGGAGCUGCAGCCCAGGCUUCCAGUAGCUUUAUGCCAACUUACCCUGCAAAUCAGGUGGUAAAACCAGAAGAAGAUGACUUCCAGGAUUUUCAAGAUGCUUCUAAGUCAGGAUCCCUUGAUGACUCAUUCAGUGAUUUCCAAGAGUUGCCUGCUUCUUCAAAAACAAACAAUUCCCAGCAUGGAAACAGUGCCCCUUGUUUGUUGAUGCCACUUCCUGGAAACAAAGCUUCAGCUUCAAUGGAUAAAUAUGCUGUGUUUAAAGGAAUUACAGCUGACAAGUCCUCUGAAAAUACUGUCCCAUUUGGAGAAUCUGGUGAUAAAUAUAGUGCUUUCAGAGAACUCGAACAGACAGCAGAGAGUAAAUCUUUAGGAGAAAACUUUGCCGAAUUCAGGUCUGCAGGAACUGACGAUGGUUUCACUGAUUUUAAAACUGCUGAUAGUGUAUCACCACUAGAGCCACCAACAAAAGACAAAACUUUUCCAGCAGCCUUCCCCUCAGGAGCUGUGCAGCAGAAACAACAAGCGCAAGUGAAAAAUCCCCUGAACUUAGCAGACUUAGAUAUGUUUUCCUCAGUAAGUUGCAGCAGUGAGAAACCACUGUCUUUUUCCACUACAUUUACUGCAUCAAAAUCUGUUUCUGCACGACCACAGCCAACAGGAUCUGCUGCAACUAUGACAGCAUUGGCAUCCACUAAGCCUUCUAGUCUGGCUGAUGAUUUUGGAGAAUUCAACCUUUUUGGAGACUAUUCUGCUCCAGCAUCUGUUGGGAAGCAGGAUGACUUUGCAGAUUUUAUGGCUUUCAGUAACAGCUUUGUUUCAUCUGAGCAAAAGGCAGAUGUCAAAUAUGAUACCCUUAAAGAAGAAGCAAGCCCUGUUCCUCUAACCAGCAGCUCGGGCAGCACAGUGAAGAGUGGACAGAACUCAGCUGCUGCAUCUACCAAAUACGAUGUCUUCAAACAGCUUUCUCUGGAAGGAUCAGGACUAGGUGUUGAAGAACUGAAAGAGAACACUGCUUCAGGGAAAAGUGAUGAUGAGUUUGCUGACUUCCACACCAAUAAAUUUUCAUCCAUGAACUCGGACAAAUCCCUGGGAGAGAAAGCAGUGGCUUUCAGACACACCAAAGAAGAUUCCGCCUCAGUGAAGUCCUUAGAUCUCCCUUCCAUUGGCGGCAGCAGUGCUGGCAAGGAGGACUCGGAAGAUGCACUCUCUGUUCAGUUUGACAUGAAACUGGCAGAUGUGGGAGGAGAUCUUAAGCAUGUCAUGUCUGAUAGCUCUUUGGAUUUACCAACAGUUAGUGGCCAGCAUCCUCCUGCUGCAGAUAUAGAGGACUUAAAAUAUGCUACUUUUGGAACCUGCAGUAGCAAUUUUGCAGUGAGCACACUUAAGAGCUAUGACUGGUCAGACAGGGAUGAUGCGUCUCAGGGCAGAAAACUCUCUCCAUUUGUCCUCCCAGCAGGAAGCGGGUCCUCAGCUGCCUUAGUUCUUCAGAAGAAAGAGACUGCCUUUGGCAGUUCUGAAAGCAUCACGAUGACAUCUCUCUCCAAGGUAACCACUUUGUCAGGCGAAGAUGCUCUUCCAGAAACUACUUUCCCAGCUUUUGCCAAUUUUAAAGAUGUGUUGCCUCAGCCCAGUGAGCAAAAAGAAUAUGAAAGUGGGGACUAUAAAGAUUUCACAAGACAGGCCCUGCCUACAGCUGAACAGAGGCAGGAGGCCACUUGCCCAAGCCCAGCUUCCAGCAGUGCUUCUCAUGACACUCCCAAGGAAUGUGCAGAUGACUUUGGAGAGUUUCAGAGUGAAAAGCCAAAAAUCAGCAAAUUUGACUUUUUAGUGGCCAAUUCACAAAGCAAAAUGAAAUCCAGUGAGGAAAUGAUCAAAAGUGAGCUGGCGACCUUUGACCUUUCUGUUCAAGGAUCACACAAGAGAAGUUUGAGCCUUGGUGAUAAAGAAAUAAGCCGUUCUUCUCCUUCAGCUUUGGAGCAGCCUUUCAGAGACCGUUCCAACACUCUGAGUGAGAAGCCUGCUCUGCCUGUCAUCCGUGACAAAUACAAAGAUCUGACAGGAGAGGUCGAGGAGAAUGAGAGAUACGCAUAUGAAUGGCAGAGGUGCCUGGGGAGUGCCCUAGAUGUCAUUAAGAAGGCAAAUGAUACUUUAAAUGGAAUCAGUAGUAGUUCCGUGUGCACAGAGGUAAUUCAGUCAGCUAAAGGCAUGGAAUAUUUAUUAGAUGUUUACCAGGUAAUGGGCUGCCUGCCUCUCUCUCCAUCUAGAAGGUUUCCUGAUAUAUACAAAAGAUGAUCUCAGAAGCCCCUGAGACCUGCCCUUCUGGGGAAGGAAGAAGCAAAACCAUAGUGCCAUACAGGGGCCCUGGAAUUCUCCAGUUCUCUCUCACAGAGGCUGGGGUAAAGGUCGGGGACAUGUGUGGUGGCUCUCCUUAGAAUGUGAAGAUACUUGGCUUCUUGCUUGAUGAUAGCUAUCCUUGCUUGAGGAGUUCAGACACAAUUCAGAGGCCACAGGAAAACAACUAUCCUAUGUUCUGCUAAGUGUAUGAAAGGUACAUGAGGCCAGUUUGUAAAUCCUUGGACAUUCAGAGGAGUGGGAUGUUUAAUUAUUUUGUGAUGAUACUGAUACUCAGAUUCUUUUAAGCUUUUAAAAAUAUUCCUAUAUUCAGACAAUUUAAUGGGAUUUCCUAAACUCAAACAGACGGACUCAUAAAGAAACCAUAAAAAAAAAAAAAAAGCUAAUACUCACCUAGUGCCUACUUUCUUUCUAUUUUUUUUAAAUUAAGGUAUCAUUGAUAUACAACCUUAUGAAGGCUUCACAUGAACAACAUUGUGCUUUCAACAUUCACCCAUAUUAUCAAGUUACCCCACCCCACCCCAUUGCAGUUAGUGCAUACUUUCUUUAGGCACUGUUUUAAACUUUUUACAGCAUUGACUCAUUUAAUUCUCUUCAAGGAGAAGGUACUAUUAUUAGUCCAGUUUUAUAGAUGAGGAAACUGAGGCACAGGUUAUGUGACUUACAAAGCUAAUAAGAGGCAGAGCUGAGGUUUGAACCCACAUAGCAUGGCUGUAGAGUCUGUGCUCUUACCAGUAAGUUACACUGUAGUGUUGAUUGGUGCAUUGGCCCCAUGGAAUAGGAACUUCACCUCUGUCCAGAUAUAGAGCUUAUUUCCAAUUAAGGUAAUCAGCAAGCAAUGCUGUUGCCUUGACUCACUCAUCUCUUUCCCUACACUUCCAGCAGCUAACUCUUGCCUCUCUCACCCUGUCAGGUGUUGUUGAGGUGUACAGAGUAACCAAACGUGUGGAGCUGGGGAUAAAGGCCACUGCGGUGUGCAGUGAGAAACUCCAGCAGUUGCUAAAGGACAUUGAUAAAGUAUGGAAUAACCUCAUCGGGUUCAUGUCACUUGCCACG